CAAAACAACACAACGAGGAAGUUUAGUCUACACGGUCGGAGUCGAAGUGUCAAGGAAGAUUCCUGCCCCGUGGAGCUUGGAAUUGUCUGUGAUGUGAAGUGUCAAAAGUCACUGUUGUUUUGUUCUGGCAGGGCCAUCAACCAAUCGCAACUGCAAGGCCUCGAGUGAUUAUUUUGCCCUGGUUCCAAUGAUCCAGUGGCUCGAGACAAACCGCUCAAUAACUGGAUUCAUGUGUGUCUGACAUGGAUCAUGCGGUGGUGGUCCCGACCGGUUCUAAUGUUUGGAGGUCAAUUGCAAUCAUAGUGCAUGUGCUUUGCGGUGGUCUAAUUAGCUGAGCUGGUCACUUACUCAUGGCUUGUCAGUCAACGACAUGUCUUCAAGAAGUCCAGGUCUGGAUCCAAAAGUGUCAAAGGCUCAGGGCGACUUCAUAGUCCUGGUUGUUCCUAACACUUCAAUUACUACUACUACUACUUCUACCUCCUCCAAAGAAUCCCAAUGAAGAACAACGUUGAAAUUGAUCACCCUCGUCAAGCCAGUUUCAUUUCAAGACAAACGCCGGCAAUCUUACCUCGGCUAUGAGUUAGCUCUGAUACUGCAAAAGUCUGAAAGCUUUUAGUGUCGGUUGGAUUCUUGUCAUUCUUCACGCGUCAGACGAGCUCCAUCGCGUUCAAAGUUAUAAAUUAUUCAGUCCGCUAACAAAAACAAUCUGGUGAACUCCCGCCUGAAACAUUUCAAAUCCACCCUGGAGGAUCCAGUUCCCAACUGGAAGGGACAUUUCCAAGGUCCCUUGGAUACUGGCCCUUUGGGCGGCCCGCCCCCCAGUUUCACCACGCCUCCAGGACCGGGCACCCCAACGCUCUCCGGCCCAGGCACCCCGGGCUUUCCAGGGAGUGGCUUUCCGGGGCCUUCGCCUGGGCCGCCCCCACAUACCCCGGGGGGAGGGCAAUUGGUUCCAUGUGGACCGUCGUCGGGUUCCCAUGGCGGGUUUGUGGGGAGCCCGGCGGGAAAUUCGGGGUCUUCCACCCCAGGACCAUGCGGACCUCCUCCUUCUAAUAUGUCGGGAGGCAGUGGCGGAGGCGGUGGGGGUGGCGGGAUGUCACUCAUGGGUCCCAAUGGACCCAUGCCGCCCAUGAGCAUGCAUUCUGGACCCCCGCUCUCAUGCGGGACGCCCAAUCAUUGUGGACCUGCCAAUAGUUUUCAUUCUAGCCAGUUCAAUGGACUUGGACCUUGUGGACCCUGUGUGCCAAAUUCUCCCUCAAAUUGUGGUCCACCUGUUUCUAGUCACUUACGAGGGCAUUCACCCAGCCGCCCCGGAUCUUCGGGUCCUCCAUUUCAUCCGAAUGCUGGAUCGCCAUUUCCACCAUUUGGGCCGGGUGGUCCACCACCCGGCAUGAUGGGGCCCAUGCCUGGUGGUCCCAAUGGUCCACCGCCGUUUAUGGGUCCGCCUGGUCCAAAUUUUGGUCCUCCUCAUGGUCAUGGUGGCAGUUUACAUCCGGGAAUGUCUCCUCAAGGACCUUCUCAUGGCUCCCCCAUGGGCCCUCAUGGACCCAUGCAUGGUCCACCACCACCUUUCAUGGACCGCAUAGAUCCAGGGUUUCGAGGGAGACACCUUCCCAUUCCUCAGCCAGAUUAUCGAAUUCACGAAAUGAACAAGCGACUCCAACAAAGGACGGACGAGAGUGACAACCUUUGGUGGGAUGCGUUUGCCACCGAGUUCUUUGAGGACGACGCCAAUAUCACGUUGACUUUUUGUUUAGAGGACGGACCUAAAAGAUACAGUAUUGGUCGGACCCUUAUUCCCCGAUAUUUCCGAAGCAUUUUCGAAGGUGGAGUGACUGAUCUUCGAUAUGAGCUUCGUCACCCGAAAGAGUCAUUUCAUAACACGAGUAUAACAAUGGACUGUGAUCAGUGUGCAGUGGUUUCAUUGCACGGAAAACCUAUGUUUACCAAGGUUUACACCGAGGGCCGACUCAUAGUGGAAUUCACCUUUGAUGACAUGAUGCGAAUCAGGUCUUGGCACUUUGCCGUCCGAAAUCACCGUGAACUGAUCCCAAGAUCCAUAUUGGCCAUGCAGGAACCUGGAAUGGUCGAAUCAUUAUCAAAGAACAUUACUCGUCAAGGGAUGACAAGUACAACGCUAAACUACCUCAGGCUGUGUGUCAUAUUGGAACCAAUGCAAGAGCUAAUGUCAAGACACAAGGCUUACGCGCUCAGUCCCCGCGAUUGCCUAAAAACAACGCUCUUUCAAAAAUGGCAGAAGAUGGUCGCCCCUCCAGAGUCCUCACGUCCAACCAAUAAACGAAGGAAAAGGAAAGGGGCUGCUGGGGCUGCAGGUCCCCCAGGAGGGACCCUGGGGAGUAAGAAGAGGUCACCAGGUCCCAAUUUCUCUUUAGCGUCCCAGGAUGUAAUGGUCGUUGGCGAACCUUCCCUUAUGGGGGGUGAGUUUGGCGAAGAAGACGAGAGGCUAAUUACUCGCCUUGAGAAUUCCCAGUAUGAUCCGUCGGUGUCCUCUCAAGGACCACUGCCGCUUCAUGGUCCUCCCGUGAGUUCGAGUGCUGGCGUGGUGGGAGGGUGUGGUCUAGGCGAAGGAUUUCCGUCUGGACCUCCGGGAGGUUGGGGCCCACCAGGUCCUCCUCUACCCCCUACAUCGAGCCAGAGCUCUGGGCCCCCUUCAUCAACGUCAUCCUCAUCGCAACCACCAAUGGACAAGUCGGAGAGUACGAAAAAGUCACCCAAGAAUAGAUGAGCCCGAUCCUCUUCCCUUCUGGCAUCCAAUGGAUUCCGCUGAUGCACCUUGAAAAUGGUCCAGAUCUCCCCUCAACGGAUAUUGGUCCUACUCAAAAAGCCAGCUUAGGUGGAAAUCAUUUUGAAUAGAAUCCUACUUCGGACUUCUGAAGAGAGAGUGAAGUGUUCGUCUGCUAGAGCUCCGAGAUCUCAAAGACCAUAAACUCGGAUUGGCAAACCUGUUGCGUAUCGUGUUGGUGAACGAAACCAAAGAUUCUAGAGAUAAUAGAUGAUGCCAAACUGAAACGCGAUAUCAUCGAACGGUGAACCGAAUUGCUCCGCUCCGCACAGUGGGAUUCUAAAAUCAUGUUAACUCAUUGUCAUAUCACUACGAAGGCUGGGAGGGAAAUGGAAUUGAAUCGGAAGUCAUGGUGACUGAUUUCGUCAUUGUUAAAUCUCUAUGAUUAGGUUCAAACCUAAUCAUACUAAGUGUUUCUCUCGAACGUUCAAAGCCUCCCGAUUUCCUUUUAAAAUCUAAGGCCAAGGACGUGGUUCACAAAUCGGUCAAUAUGGAUUCAUUCGUGAAAGCGAAUCAAAUAUUUUUCCCCACUCACGGAACCGUGGAACAAAGUUUUAGGAACACUCAAC